CAUUGAUCAGUUCAAGCUUCUGGAAGGACCUUACAGUCAGUCUGUGAGUGAGGCCUGAGUCAGGAGUGAAUCAGCACUGCUUUUGAUUGACGGACAGCUUGGUGGGAAACAAGGCCUCAGGAGAGCAAGAGUCCGAUAACAGGAGUGAAAGCGUCGCCACGGCAAUAUCAUCUUUCAGUCUUCACUGCCACUCGUCUUUCACAACAUGGCCUCUGGGGUAGCACCGUUCUCCUCUGUCGCUGCCUCUUUGGGGAUGUAGAAAGACAGAGGACACGGACACAUUCCUGCAUGCUGCUACAGAGGAAAGCUGGGCAAGUGUCUUCAGACUUUAAGGUCCCUAACGGAUGGACAAACUGUGUUAAGCGUCAGUACUGUUAUCAUUACAACUACUGUUUCCUGUUUUGGGGAUUGUUUUAAUGUUUCAAAGGGACUCGUAUGACAAUAGAAGUUAUGGGAAGGUGCUGUCUCUGAUUUUAUAUGUUCCUGUGUAACAUCGAAGGCCAAUGCGUGUGGCUCGAGAGCCCAUCAUGGCCAGACCGCUGCUGAAGAUCCACCGCUAUUUCCGGCGUAAACCGGUACGCUUUUUCUCUUUUAUCCUCCUCUACCUCACUGCUGGCAGUCUUGUUUUCCUCCACUCCGGAUUCUCCAGCGACACUUCCACCACUGGAGCUUCUGGAAGCGGCCGUGACCCACUUAUAUCUGAAGGUGGGGCCAGCACAGGUGGUGGGAGCUCUACCUCUGAUGGUCUCGGGCUUCUAGGAAGGGUAUUUAAGGAGACACGGAGAACCCCCCGGAGAUUUGGACCCCCGUGGAUGAAGGAAAAUGGGGCACAGCAUAUACCAGAGUGGGCCGGAAGAGGAGUCGAUCAUACCAGCAGCUGGAGUCAUGGAGCCAAAGAAAAAACCACCAAAGAGAUGGAUAAUGGGAGAGCAAAGUACAUCGGCUGUUAUGUUGAUGACACACAGAAACGGGCUCUUAGAGGGGUUUCCUUUUUUGACUACAAAAAAAUGACUGUCUUCCGUUGCCAGGACAGCUGUGCUGAGAGGGGUUAUCUCUAUGCGGGUCUGGAGUUUGGAGCCGAGUGCUACUGUGGCCAUAAGAUCCAGGCACCCAAUGUGUCAGAGACUGAAUGUAAUAUGGAGUGUAAAGGGGAGAAGAGUAACCUCUGUGGAGGACCUAAUCGACUGUCCAUAUAUAGACUGGAGCUGAGCCAGGAGUCGGCCCGCAGAUAUGGGAGUGCCAUCUUCAAGGGAUGUUUCAAGAGGCCAUACAACGUGACCCUGGCGCUUCCUGCUAGUGCCGUUAUUAACAACAUGUCAGUGGACAAGUGUGUUGACAUGUGCACAGAGAAAGAGUUCUCUCUGGCAGCCUUGGCUGGAGAAAAAUGUCACUGUGGCUUUCCUACUCCCCUCUUCACCCUGCAUGACCGAGAGGAUGAGGAACUGUGUCUCCAGCGCUGUGAAGGAGAAGACUUUGAGAGCUGUGGAAACAAUGACUUCUUUGUAGUGUACCAGACCCAAGUGCAAGAUAAUCGUUGUAUGGACCGGCGCUUUUUGCCCGUUUGUUUUUCCAAGCACUUAGUGGCACUAGCUAGUUUCCCAGGCGCAGGGAAUACAUGGGCCCGUCACCUUAUUGAGCUGGCUACGGGUUACUACACUGGGAGCUACUACUUUGAUGGCUCACUGUACAACAAAGGUUUUAAAGGGGAGAGAGAUCACUGGCGUAGUGGUAGAACCAUAUGUAUCAAGACCCAUGAGAGCGGCAGGAAGGAGAUUGAGGCCUUUGACGCCAGCAUUCUCAUGAUCCGGAACCCUUAUAAAGCCCUCAUGGCAGAAUUUAACCGAAAGUAUGGUGGCCAUAUUGGAUUUGCCUCUCAAGCUCAUUGGAGGGGGAAAGAGUGGCCGGAGUUUGUGAAGAACUAUGCUCCAUGGUGGGCAUCCCACACACUAGACUGGCUGAAAUAUGGGAAGAAAGUUCAAGUGGUACACUUUGAGGAUUUAAAACGGGACCUUUUCUCUUGGUUAAAAGGCAUGGUAAUCUUUCUGGGCCUAGAAGUCUCAGAGGACCGCCUGCUGUGUGUGGAAGGACAGAAAGAUGGGAACUUCAAACGCUCAGGGCUGAGGAAGCUUGAAUAUGACCCUUAUACGCCAGAGAUGCGUGCGAGUGUUGAUGGGCUAAUUAAGACUGUGGACACGGCACUCAGAAAGAGAAACCUGCCGGGUGUACCUGAAGAGUACAGGCCCAGAUGAUACUCCUCUCUUCACUUAUGCUUUUUUUCACAACACACCCCCCCCCCCCCCCAGCUAUACCCAU